GGCUUGCUCGAUACAGACUUCAAAAUGAGAUGGAAAUCAUGGAACAAACCAUGUUUUUUGCUCUGAAAUGGAGGUAGCCACACAUGCAAGGAAAAUCCCAUACAUGGUUGCUCUGAAGCACAAGCAUCGAGCAUGUGCAGUGAUACUGGACCCUUCAUCAGCAGAGCCUCUUGUCUGGCCAUCACCUUUGAAGUUCAUCAGCGAACUGAAUCCAGAGGCUAAAGCUUUGUUUGAGAGGGGCGUUAAUGGAAUCAAACAUGGAGAGGGAGAAAGCUAUCUUGAAGGAGAUAGUCUCCGUUCCAUCUCCUUUGCAUUCAGAUGUAGAGGCUGAUGAUAAUUUCUUUGAAUGCGCCUUCUCUUUCUGCUUUAUUAUUUUUGGUUCUUGGGGUAUAGUUUCUAAAA